GGUCCCCUGAGUAUUUCAGAUGCAAACGGGUUUGAACUAUUUUAUUGUCGUGUUUUCUUCUGUUCUGAUGUUUAUUUUACUGCGAUCGCUGGAAAAAUACGCAAGGAUCCCCUUCAUAUCAACCCGUAAUCUUAUUUCACUCAGAAGCAUGAAGUAUCUUAAUCAAACUGAAGCUCAAAAUAUCGACCAGGAAUUGUUCAACGAAUAUGCUUUCAGUGUUGACCAGCUCAUGGAGCUAGCAGGAUUGAGUGUUGCUGUAGCUCUAGCUAAGACGUAUCCUAAACAAGAAGGCAGUGACAAAAUACUAGUCUGCAGUGGACCAGGAAAUAAUGGAGGAGAUGGUCUAGUAGCUGCAAGACAUCUCAAGUUGUUUGGCUAUGAGCCAGUCAUUUUCUAUCCAAAAAGACCCAACAAGCCACUGAUGAACAACCUCGUAACUCAAUGCCAAAAGAUGAAUAUUACAUUUCUGUCUGCACUUCCCUCUUCUACGGAUAUUGAUUCACAGUACAAAUUUAUUGUGGAUGCAAUUUUUGGGUUCAGUUUUAAAGGCGAUGUUCGAGCACCCUUUGAUCAGGUGCUGAAAACACUGAAGGAAGUCAAAGUUCCACUUUGUGCUGUUGAUGUGCCAUCAGGUUGGGAUGUGGAAAAAGGUAACCCAGAAGGACUACAGCCAGAUUUUCUUAUUUCACUCACUGCACCUAAACUUUGUGCAAAGCACUUCAAAGGAAGCUAUCAUUACUUAGGAGGUAGAUUUGUGCCAGAAACAUUAUUAGAGAAAUACCAACUUAGUCUUCCUGAAUAUCCAGGCACAGAACCCUGUGUUUUACUUGAGGAAUAAAAGAAAAGGCCUGCAGGAACAAGUGUUUUGAAAAAAAUUCUAUGUAAGAAGUGAAUAAUAGUUUUUUUCAGCUUUGCCUUGUUAACUCUACACUUGGGUCACCUGUGGGAUGUCUUGGCCUUAUAAAGUACAUUGUAAAAAGAUUCACUCAAUUGACUGGUCAGUUUUGAGUUCCAAAUUACCAGUGUUCCAUGAUGGUUACAGACUCAUUUAUACAGGGUUAGCCUCUUAUCAGUGUCUAAAUAUUCACAUAAUUUAUACCAAUGGUAAAGUAAAGUUCAUAAC